AGGUAUAUUUUUUAUAUUUAAUUGACGUUUAAAGAAGUAUUAAACGAUUAAACCUACUUCUAUAUUGCUUCUAUUCUAUUAAUUCUAUUAUCAUUAAAAUGUAUUGAAAAAAAUGCAUUUUUUUGUAACACAUUAGUAAAUUUAAAAUGUAAAGAUUUAUGGAAUAAAUUAAUAAUAGGUUAUAAAUUGAAAAAUUUACGUUAAAAAUGGGUAAAAGUAAAAUGAUCGCGAAAAGCUGUCCAAAAUGCGAGCUACAGGUAGCGGUAGCAUCAAAAUCGUGUAAGUGCGGCCACACAUUCUUUUCAGCACGACGGGCAGCGGAUACGCUACCAGCGGCAGAGGAUAUCAAACGUAGAACCGGUCGAGUUAGACGGUCACAGCCUCAGUUUUAUGAUGCGCAACACUAUCAGAAGCAAAAGAAAAAGUCUCCGAAGAAAAGGAUCAUAUCAAAAACGUAUAACGAUGAAGAUUACAAGGGCAAAGGGAAGAUAGAGAGUGCGACGGCUCGGGCUCGGCGUCGCCGGGCGCUCCGGAGGGCGCAGCGCCCCCCCGUGGUUGCGGACCGAACCAGAGACCCCACUCCUCAGCUACGACCAGCUCAACUAGCCAGGUGUACCCUCAUCCUGUCCGAGAUCAACCGCAAAAUGAGAGCCGUUACCUGGCAGCCGCCUGGCGACGUUUAGAAUCAAGAUGCCGCUUUGACAAAUAAAAAAAACAAAUGUGUGUGUGUCAGCUAUAUUCAGAGUUUACUCCUUAUGAUUAUCGUGAUAGUUAUAAAUAUUUGAUAUCUUUAUC